AUGCGUGGACUCCGAUGUUGUAUCAUCGCGUGGACUGUUGUGACAGCAGGAGGUCAAACAGAAAGUGUCGAAGCCCGCAAGGCCGCAGAGGGGCUGCAGCAGGACGCGCCUGGACGGAGUAUCUUUGCAGCAGCCGCUCAGGGUGGCUUCGGCGUAGAAACAGAGACUCACAGUGGUGGUCAGCUUGCUGCAUACGGUGAGAACACCUUCGUAGAGGUCCCGCACCUGCCCACGCAGCUGCCGAUGACCGAGCUGGAGGCCGAGGUGCAGCGCACGAGCCGAGUAGCAGCCUUCCUGGCACAGGAUGCCGCCGUCCUGUCGAAGGAACUGCAGGGUCUUCAGAUCUCCCUGCGAGGGCAUGCGAGGUUAGAGCCCGAUCCUGCGGAGACGCCCGCGGUCUCCGCGCUGGCACUGGGCUCGGAGGAGUUCCGAGCCGUCCCCGAGGACACAAAGGGCAACAGCACCUCCAAAGCGAAGGCUGCUGACACCAAAGCAGCUGCAGGAGACGAGGGGUGCGACGGAGCCGGGCAGGUGCCAUGUUCCCCGCUGAACCGCCUCAUCACCUUCGACUAUCGCUAUCCCAUCGCCUGGGGAUUGCUGAACUGGGUGCUGGUCUUUGUCCUGGCUUUCUUGACAGCCUGGUGCUUCUGUGCCUGCUGUUGCCGACCUAGGCGUACCGGGUGA